AGCCGACAUCCGGCGUCUCUUUUUUUCGCUUGGUCUCCGCGGGAAGUGGUAGUGAAGAUGAGGCAGAAGCACUAUUUGGAGGCUGCGGCGCGAAAGCUAGUCGAGAGCUGCCCGGGCCAGGCCCGCUAUCUCCUCUGGGCCUACAGUUCGUCACACGAUGACAAGAGCACUUUUGAAGAAACAUGUCCAUACUGUUUCCAGCUGUUGGUUCUGGAUAACUCUAGAGUGCGUCUCAAACCCAAGGCCAAAUUGACACCCAGAAUACAGAAACUUCUUAAUCGAGAAGGAAGAAAUAAUACGCUCAGUUUUAAAGAAGCAAAAAAAGUCAAAAAGUAUAAAGACUCCAAAAGUGUAUUGUUGAUUACUUGUAAAACAUGCAACAGAACGGUUAAACAUCAUGGUAAAAGCAGAAGCUUUCUAUCCACAUUGAAGAGCAGUCAUACCACUCCUAUAAGCAAACUCAGCCCUAAGAGACCAGAGAGACAGUCUCCAAGUUUUGCAAACUUCACUCCUAAUAUGCCUGGCUCCAAAGGCAAGAGCCCAGCAUUGAUUUUCAGAACACCUACAUCUGGACAAUCAACACCCAUUUGCUCCUCAAGGAGUGUGAAAAAAGGAAAGAAACACUUCUCUCAACUAAAAAUGUUGCUUAGUCAAAAUGAAUCCCAAAAAAAUUCAAAGGUAGACUUCAGAAAUUUCUUAUCCUCUCUAUGAAGUCUUUUGGACUUUGAAAAUAAGAAAUUUUUCUAGUACAAUUUCUAAUUAAUAAUAUGAAAAGUUUUUUUUAAAUUUAUUUAUUCUUUGAAUACAUGGAAAUUAGGCAGACUUUUCUUGGCAUUCUUCAGUGUAAUAGGGAAAACAUCUYAUUAGAGUGAAUAACUAAAACAUCACAGGUGGCCAUUGAGGAUCAAAAAAUACAUGAAAGUUCUUGUAAAUAGUAAGGAUAUAUGUGGACAUUGAAUGAUAGUAUUUUUUUCCUCCUUUAGUUUUAACAGUUUUCAUUAUGUCAUUUUCUUUCAAAAUAAAAUUGAGAACUUAA